CAUAAAACAUUUUUCUUUUAUUUGUUGUAACCAUUCGGAGGACGCUUGUAAUUGCGAUUUUGCAAACUGCGAUUUGGCGAUGCGCUGCUUUCGCCUGACGCGCAGCUCCUGGCAGUCCUUCUAAUCGGCCAGAAAACGGGGAUUCCACCCGCCGACCAGCGAAACUGAGCUGCUGAAUUCAAAAUAGAAGCAAAACAUAAAAGACAGGAAGCAAGUACAACUUUUUGUUUGGACGCGCAUAAAAUGGAACGGAGUGGAGAAAAUCCGAGAGCCCUGAGAGAAACACAAAAGCACGGAACCUGAGCAACACACCAGUGAUAUAAUAGUAAUCUACGCAACCGUUAUUAGCCCCAGAAUAGCCCACUUUGCAUCCAAUCUCACCCGCAGCAGCAAGAUGGCCGUGCAGCUGGAGCAGAGCUACCACCACCUGCCCCUGACGAUCACGCCGAUCCUGCAUCCCACAUCCCACAUCCUGCAGCAGCAGCAGCAGCAGCAGCUACCGAAUCCCAAUCCCCCCCAGCCGCAGCCACCGGAUCUCACCUUUCACUGCAUGUGCUGCGCCGCGUUCUUCGUCCAUCCGCUGGCCCUCUACCAGCACAUGAACACGCUGCACCCGAACGAGCAUCCCAGCGAGCAGCAGGAGCAGGAGGGUCCGGGCGAGGAGGCCGAGGACUACAGCUGGAUCUUUGAGCCCGUGUGCCAGCUGGCGGAGGAUGGCAGCGACUCCUCGGAGGGCAGUGAUUCCUCUGGAUCCGACAGCUCCUCCUCUUCGGACGACGACGAUGACGACGACAGCAGCUCUACUUCGAGUUCCAGCAACAGCAGUUCGUCUAGCAGCUCGGUGCCGACGUCCAGCAACUCGAACACCCAGCAGAGCCAGGAAUCCUUGCAGCCCAUGCGCGGUUUAGUGGCCGGGCCGGGAUACAACGAGUUCCAGCUGCAGGUGGCGGAUCCGCGGGAGUCGACCUCGAUCUUCAUGCUGCAGCCGCCGGCCGUGAGCCUCGCGCAGAGCUUGGCCCCUCCUGUGGCCACUCCGCUGCUGGGAUUCUCCCUGGACGCGGCGCCCAUCAAGCGGCGGCGGGGCAGGCGCAGCAACUUCAGUGCCCCGGCGGUGGAUCCCGCCUUGGGUUCCAGCACCCAGAAGUGCUUCCAGUGCACCCACUGCGAGGCCAGCUUCCCCAACGCCGGCGACCUGUCCAAGCACGUGCGCUCGCACAUCACCAACAAGCCGUUCCAGUGCUCCAUCUGCCAGAAGACCUUCACGCACAUCGGCAGCCUGAACACGCACAUCCGGAUCCACAGCGGCGAGAAGCCGUACAAGUGCGAGCUCUGCCCGAAGGCCUUCACGCAGUCGAGCAGCCUGAUGGUGCACCUGCGCUCGCACUCGGUGCGCAAGCCGCACCAGUGCCUGGAGUGCGACAAGGGCUUCAUCAACUACUCGUCGCUGCUGCUGCACCAGAAGGCGCAUGCGGCGCCCGCGGAGGCGUUCGUGUGCCCCGAGUGCGAGCGCGAGUUCAAGGCGGAGGCGCUGCUGGACGAGCACAUGCGUAUGCACACCCAGGAGCUGGUCUACCAGUGCGCCAUCUGCCGCGAGGCCUUCCGCGCCAGCUCGCAGCUGGUGCAGCACAUGAAGAACCACAUGGGCGAGAAGCCCUUCACCUGCUCCCUCUGCGACCGCUCCUUCACGCAGUCGGGCAGCCUCAACAUCCACAUGCGCAUCCACACCGGCGAGAAGCCCUUCCAGUGCAAGCUGUGCGACAAGUGCUUCACGCAGGCCUCCAGCCUGAGUGUCCACAUGAAGAUCCACGCCGGCGAGAAGCCCUUUCCGUGCCCCAUCUGCGGCAAGUCCUACAGCCAGCAGGCGUACCUCAACAAGCACAUCCAGGCGCACCAGGUGGCCGCCGCUGCUGCUGCUGGAUCUCCCGGCCUGCUGGUCGCCAAGCAGCCGCACGAGACGCUGGUCUGCAUAGUCUGCGGAUCCCUGCACGCGGACGCCACGGCGCUGGCGAGUCAUGUGACCAGCAAGCAUGCCGCGCUCCUGGACACGAUGAAGCAGUCGGCGAUGAACACGCCAGAGGGCAAAUGCUCGCUGGAGGAGCAGCAGGCCUACAUGCAGCGGGUCCAGUCCGUCCUGCAGCAGAUGAACCAGCAGCAGCAGCAAAUGCCGCUCCCUCCUCAGCCCAAGUUGCCAGCCAUGGAUUCCACCGGCGAGGAGGAGGAGGAACCCGAUGAAGCGGAGGAACCUCCCGACGAGGAGGAGGAGGAGGAGGACGAGCGAGGAGACACGCCAGAGGAGGAGACUCCAGAGGAAGCCCUCAUCGGUCAGGGCUAUCCCAUGCUCGGUCUGCAGGAGGAGCAGAUCCUGCUGGACUCCGACAUGUACUACGACGACUUUGCCGACAUGGAUGUCGGCUGCCAGGAGGAGGUGUUCGGCGACUUUGCCGUCAACGAGGAGGAGGUCUAUACCGAUGCGCUCAUGUAGAUUUAAGUAAUAAGGUUGAUUGGCCAUAGUUUAU